UUUUGCUUAAUAAUUUCCACCCCCCUCCUUUUACAGUAAAACAGUUGAGGGAAUAGGCGGAAUUGUAUUGAUUUAUAAAAUCAUCGAAUGCUUUAUUGAUAAUUUUUAAUAAAAAAUAUGUAUAUUGAAUACCGAAUCUGUUCCUUGGGACUUUGAAACAAAAACUAAAAUAUAUAUUAAAAAUGGCAGGCAUUGUUGUUGCUGAUACAAUCAAAGUUACAACUGGCAAUGAAGAAUGUGAGAUACAGCUCUGUGUUGGUGAUAUUAUUAAGUUGCCAAAAGAUGACAAGGUUGAUGUGCUUGUUAUUUCAGCUUUCCCAGGUAAUAGUUUACGGGCCGUCUUAAAAUGUGAACACGUUGAUCGCUAUAUGAAUUACCUUAUAAGGGGGUGCGGGGUGCAUGUUUAUGUUUAUGUUUAUGCAUGUUUGUAUACAUGUAUAUAUAUAUCAAAUCAUUCCCAGAGACCUUUUGAGAUCGACAUCUGUUCAGAAAAAUCACAUUUACAAAUUACAAUGUUCAAUAUAUUUGAAAGAACGGAACAAUAAGGGGAGACGUCCAUAUUCAAGUUGCCACGUAAAACGUCAAAUUGACGUUUUGGGUGGGUGGGUGGGUUAAAAUGCUUUCCAGUCAAAACGGUACUCAGUGAGCUUCGGCAGGGGUUAGGCAUUUGGGUUAAUGCCUUUCAGACAAAAUAGGAGGGGGGAAGCAAAAUUUUGGUGGGGUUGAACACUUUAUUAGAGAGAUUCGAGGGGGGGGGGGUAUAACCCCCCAGUAAAUCUGCCAAUGCUGUUGAGGUCUUCCCAAAUCCCUUACUUCUCUAUUCUAUGACUUUUGGUGAGUGAUGUACAUGCCAGAGGCAAAAUGAAAGAAUGGAAGAAUGACUCGAUGUAUGACUCAAUGAGUGUGUCUUACACUGAGUCAUUCUACCAUCAAAUGGAAGAAUGACUCGAUGUAUUUAAGACACACUCAUGCAUGCAUUAGCCACUUUAAUCUUAUUGCCUGACCACUAUAUAUAGCCAGCUGGCCAUGCAAUUAAUACUCAUGUCUGUUGCAGCUAAUCCUAAACAGACAUCUGUACACACACUGUUUAUUCAGUCACAAAACAUAUUUUAAGGGUGGAUUCUUUAGACUCCUUACAUAUUCCACUGGCAGAUCGAUAGGUCUAGAUAGAAAAACUAAAAGUUAUUUAAACAACUUUAUUUAAAUAGGAAAAAAUUUUCAAUUUCCAUUACCGUAAUGGUUUUUGAAUGGUUUUUAAAUUAAUGUAUAAAGAUCUACCAUGUACUGUAUACUAUCAAAUAAUGUAAAAACUGAACUUUUACUAUUACUGGUUACUACAGAUUUCCCAUAUGGUAAAUUCAUUAGUAAAAACCAUAUGAUGUUUAAUAUUUACCAUUAAUUAAAUUUGUUUAUGUGAUAAAAACAAUUAACAUCAAGCACAAGUUGUGCUGUGUGUUAAUGUAUAUUAAAUUUUUAUAUUAUUCAGUCUUACUUGCCAAUAAAUGGAUGCUGGGAGCUACUCAGGUGUCUCUGAGGAAGGACUCAGGGUUUGGUGCUCGAGCUCAGUCAAACUCUGUCUUGCCAUUCACACAAUUCCCCUACCCUCCAACCCCUUGUGAUAUUGGUUUUUAGGUUUCCCCCCGAAGGGGGGGGGGCUAUAUCCCACGGUGGGUACCUGUGAUGCAACUUUGUUAGGGCCAGUUGCUGUUAGGGUUUGCACUGGCCUCUUACAGUAUAUGUUGUUUUCUGACCAUCAGAAUUCUGUAAAACCACUACUCCACUGAGGAGACAUGCAUGCACCUUCAACACUGAGCAAUACUUGACUGUGUCUUUGGCACUAUGCCCUUGGAUGCAAGCUCCGAUAAUAACAGUUAGACUUUGUCUAACUUAAUUGUUAACGCAGGAGAUUGAUCCCUUUUACUCAAGGCCAGAUUUUGGUGGAAAUAGUGGGUGUGCUAGGUUGAAAAAACUUGGUGCAGCGGUCUAGCUCACGACCCCCGUGGAACGUUAGGGCUUAGAACGGGCCAGAGUCAACGACAUGACAUACUGUAUGCAUGUAUAUAUAGUGUACAUAUAAUAUCCAGUGUAUUAAUUGAAUUAUGACUGACAUACACUUCGUCCAAUUUUGCCCUUCAUUACAAAUGCUGCAAAGUUUCUUUCAAAUCAUUGCAUUAAUUAAAAGGGUGACGCAGAGAUGAAUGGCUGUCAUGCACUGUUUCAAUUUUACAGAAAAAAACUUUCUUACAAAGUGUAGACCUAAUCUAUCAUUGAAACUUUCCCAUAGGGAGACCUGUGCAUAACGUUUCAGGGGACUGGGAGGUGCAAAAAUUCUCAGGGGAGGUGCAAAAUGAUCUCCUGAGAGGUCCGCACCUCCCCACACCUCCCCUCAAAAUCCGACCAUGCUUUCACUAUAGUCAUAAAGUCUAUUAAUGUGUCACAAGUACAGUAGGUCAGUGUCCUAUACUAGGCUGAGAUUCCAGCUGUUGGCUAUACCUAUUGUUUGAAUAGGUUUUCGGAUUGGUUGAUUUUGACAAUAAGAGACAAUAGACCUUUCCCCUUAUAAGUGAAAUUUUGAUCUAGACAAGCCUGGACAAAAAGUUCAUCACAGCUUGAAAGAGCAUCACAAAAUUAGUAAUAUUCCGAAGUUUCGUUGCGAAAUGUUGUAAAAUGCGGAUAAUAUAGCCUUGCGAAGUUUGCCGCUUUUCAGUCAUUUUGCAUUACAAACGGGAAAUUGAUAAUCAGUUUGAUCAUCUGAUUAUCAAUUUCCCGUUUGUAAUGCAAAGUGACUGAAAAACAGCAAACUUCGCAAGGCUAUAUUAUCCGCAUUUUACAACAUUUCGCAACGAAACUUCGGAAUAUUACUAAUUUUGUGAUGCUCUUUCAAGCUGUGAUGAAAUUUUUGUCUAGACUUGCCUAGAUCAAAAUUUUACUCAAAAGGGGAAAGGUCUAUUAAAGUACUGUAUCAAUUAUCACCAAAUAGUAUAAUCAUGGUAUUUACUGUCUCUUUUAAUCCUGAUCUAUUUUACUACAAUAUAUUCAAUUUUCUAGGUGACUAUGUGCCAACACCACCCUCCCUGAUUGGCCAGCUCUUUAGUCGCCUUAACAUUGAUGUUCGAGCGUUAGCAAAAGAUAAGAAAGAAGACUUAAGAAAUUUAUACUCAUGUUGGUGGUCCAAACCAUUGCCUGAUCAUCACAGUUUUGGAAAAAUUCUAUGCUUUGAAGGAGGGUAAGGGCUGGCAUCCUUCAAACAGUUCAAUGUCAGUACUGUAUAUACUUAGUUGUUUUUGCAAAAUUUUAAUGAAACAGCAAAUUAUCCUCAAAUAUUCAUAUAGUUGAUACAAUUAUUCUAGCUCUAUAAUAUACCAUUUUCUAUUUUGAAACUUUUUAUUGGAUUGUAAAAUAUUAAUAUGCAUGAUUGGGAAGCUUGUCAUAGCAUUGGUAUUAUACACAAAUGAUCUUUGUUAUUAAGGGGAAAGUGUAAUUGGGGUCCACUGGUAACCCGACAAUGGGUUAACGAGGUCUGCCAAUUUCGAUAUGUGCCAAAGCUAUUUUACUCUGUCCACAUCAGACGAUUUUACAAUUAGUCAGGACAGUGGUCAGGGAUAAGGUCAAGGGUGAAUAAUGUACUAUCUAGUUUUAUUCUAAUUGUUUAAUUAUUGAGUGACCCGCAGUAGAUGUCUUGUAUUUCAUUGUAAUGCUUAUGCUUAUGCUAACAUUUGCAUAUAACAGAUUUAAGGUUGGUAAGACAUCACCUCAAAUGGUUGGAGAGAUAUUUCGCUGUCUUGUUCCUGCAGUCGGCGAUGAAGAAACUCGUGUAAUGAUGCCUUUGUUAGCGUCAGGUGGUCAGGUGUGUU